AUGGUCCUCUCUGGACACAACAGCAUCAUUCUUUUCGGUUAUUCAAAUGCAUCUGUAGACUACCGAAUUGAACGCUGGGAUCCCGAUACCGACAAUGAUGAGGAUCUGGGACCCAUGCAUGAACGUCUAUUUGCGUCCUACGUUGGAAUAGGCAAAGACGUGUACAUUAUUGGUGGACGGCUGUGGUACGAGCAGGGAAACGAGACGGAGCAAGUGGACAAAUUCAACGUGCCAUCCCGUCGCAAGACUCCAUGUGCACCUCUGUCUUCCCACGUUGCAGUACCGCCGUCUACAGCCUAG